AUGAGUGGAGGUUUUAAUCCAUACAACAACUAUAAUGAUGGUACCGGAUACGGUAACUAUAAUGGAAAUACUUCUGAUAACGGGGCUGGUAAUGGUGGUUUCAGCUCGCAGGAUAAUAGCAACAGGCAGCAGCGACAAAACACAACUCAAACGAUUACACCAGUGACGAUCAAAAUGAUUCAAAGUGCUACACAACCCACUCAGGAUGGACCUUAUGAAGUAUAUGGUAUGCCUCUAUACUAUGUCAGCUUCAUUGGCAUAAUCCGUGAAAUUGAUACCUCUAACACAAGUUCAACAAUGUACAAGCUAGAAGAUGGAACGGAGGCCAUAACUGUGAGGCAGUGGAAUAAUGAUGGGGAUGAUGCAGCCGAUGACCAGCAACAGUUUAAAUCGGGAGAAUAUGUUCGUGUGAGUGCUACAAUUCGGGAAUUCAACAGCAAGAAACAGCUACAGACACAAUCCAUCCGUCCUAUAACGGACUUCAAUGAGAUCCCAUAUCAUUUCUUGAGUGCAGUCAAAGUUUACGUUGGCCACAAGAAUGGCGGUGACUCUUCUUCACAGGGGGGCAAUAAUUCACUUUUUGUUGGUGAUGGAAAUCAGACUGGUGAUAACCAACCUGGACAGCAGCAGCAGCAGAACAAUGCAAACUUGCCUCUGACAGAAAAGCUUUACAACUUCAUUAAAGAAAAUAGCAAUUCAAUGGUCGAGGGUGUCCCUACCCAACUUAUGGCCCAGGAAUUCAACAUUUCUGUGGACCAGGUCAAUGAGCACUUGGGAACUUUGGUUGAUGACGGUAGGAUAUUUGCUACUGAUGAUGAAAGCUUAUUCCUAUGUGUUUAA